AUGUUUAAAGGAUUCCGAGGAGCAAAUCGUACCGCAGAUGAAUUUACUCUGGCAGAUUUACCAUGCAUGUAUCCGUAUGACUGGAUUUCAUUGCUCUUGAUUAUGUCUAAAGAUGAAAAGACUUAUGAGCCAAUUGUUGCACACCUAAAGAGGAUGCUUAUUCGCUACAUCCAUGAGUCUGCCAAAAUGGAUGUAGAAAUAGUGUAUGUUAUGAAGAACAGGCCGAUUCUGAAGCCUGAAAAAGAACCGAAUAACCACCAUAAGCUUAAGUUGGGUCAAAUUGGAAGAGAACAUUCAUGUGUUGUGUACCAAUGGAAGGAAUGUCAGAAAGUUCUGAGAAGCAUGUUUUUCUUGAGAGACAAACACUUAUGCACCACUUAA